GCCUAAUUUAGGGAAAAACCUCUGUAAGUUCACAAUCAAAAGCAAUGCUUGGCUGGAGAUUUCGUCAGAUCAUUAGUAAAAUUCACAAAUCAGAUUCGCUCAGUAUUAUAGAUUGAACACUCAGCAUGGCUCUGUUCAAACGAAUCCUGAAAUCUUGAAGUUCAGUCAGGAGCCUUUACUUCAGCCGAUGCAAGAUUGUUGGGGAUGUUAAUCUUCAAUGGUCUCCUUGUUUAGCUAAUGACAUCGAGUGAGCCUUAUUACAGGAGUUGAAAAUCUCAAACUGUGAUUUCCAAGGCAAGCAGGGGUCUCUAGAAUCUUUCUUGAAGGAACUGUACCCUUAAGCAGUGAUCAAGGUCAGCUUCUUAAAGGAGUAAGCCAUGAAAAUAUCUAACUCAACUCCACUUGAAUCUCCAAAGUUAGGCUUCCCAAUAAGCUUUAUUCAUAUAAUUUUUAGUGGUCAUUCGCUGUAAACCCUUUUAAGGACCAAUCAAUAUUUACAACAAAAUGCAUAUCUUUGGAUAUAUCUUAGAUUCCUUGGGUGAUAAGAAAUUAUAUCAUUUUCAUUUGAAAGGACCUCAGGCUUUAAGAAAGCAACUCUGUGAGUAGGCACAAUGGCUUAUUAUUUGCUAAAGUAGUUUGCUUCAAUAUUUGCUUUGGCCUGCCAUAAACUUGUGGUUAGCCACAUUCUGAGAGGAAGGGUACAACAGCCGAGGGCUUCCAUUGCUCCAGCAUUAAGAAUAAAUCUGGUAUCUAAAUAUGUUCUAGAGGAUUUUCUCCCCAGUCUUAUUUUUGGUAUAUAGGCUUAUUGGCUAGAUUUAAAGCUGAACUUCAAUGCGAGCAGGGAUCAG